CCCCACGACCUUAAGCUGGGAACUUGAGUAUAGCCAUGUCCGAAGUGCUGCCAUACAACGAGGGGAAGAUGAACGGCUACGGGGCGGACAGUGAUGUCAGUCAGCUCUCCUUCAGCUGUCGACUGCAAGACACGAACUCGUUCUUCGGAACAUCACAGUCCAAAAGGCCACCGAAACUCGGGCAGAUUGGCAGGGCAAAACACGUGGUCAUUGAAGAUGACAGAAUAGACGAAGUUCUCAAAGGGAUGACAGACAAGUCAUCUCCCGGCAUGUAAACUUGAACGAUUAUACCUCGUCAACCUUUUCUUUUAAUCACCGGUUUGAAGCACUCGUCGCCUGUGCAUGUGAACGAGAGGUGAAGAUGAUGGUUCAGUGUACGAGUACAGGACAAAGGAUGAAGAGCCACUCUGGACAAUGGGUUAAAAUAGCGACAUUUGAAGAUGCUGGCAAUUCUCCAACUGAAACCCAUCCCAAACCGCUGCUGUGAAGAAAGCCUCCCAAGAUUUCUGGUCAUUUAGCCCCUCGUCUCGUAGACGCCGUGGGUCUGGGUGUGAGAUUUCAUCACGACAUCAACAAACAGAAGCCCCUGUUUCAUAGGCAUCUAUGAGCUGCUCGUUCAAGGGAGCUGUCCAGUUCAGCACCUGACGCACAACUUGACUGUCUUUCCAGAGAAAUAAGCUAUAUUUAUAUCUUGCAUGGAAAUGGGAUGAUGUAUGUAAUCGAGGGAAGAUUAAUUACAUGUUUUAUUCACUUCCUUCACAUCUACAUCCAUUCCAUUUUCAAUCCUUGACUGAUCAUAUGCCCAAAAUACAUUUUAUAGCCAACAAAGCCACUCAACGCCAGCAAGGAAGAUCUGAAGAAUCAGCAAUGGAGGGAAAAUGAGAAGGAGUACUUCUUGUUUGAUUUAUUGCGUCUUUUCUAUGACUGUUUAUUUGUUUGGCGUCGUGUAUAGAUUAAUAUAUACGGUUCUCUUUGCAUGAACUUCUCUCUUGUGCCAUUGCGGGUGUUUCCACCUCU